AUGUUUCGAGGUUUAUGGAUUGCUUUGGCAGUUUUUAUUUUAUUGGUUGAUGCCGAUAAUUGUGAGUUUUGAAAAAUAAAUCAAGAAGAGUAAUUUUAAGAUUUUCAUAGAAUGAAUAAAAAUCUUAAAAUUCACAAGUCAAGCCCCAAAAAUAAAACAAAAUGAAGUUUUUCUCAAACAGUGACAAAUUGAUUUUCUAUGUUUUUCUUUGAUUCAAGUCUUCAGAAGUUUUUACGAAAUUUUAUUAUUGAUUUUUUAAUCAUCAAAAACUACAGUAUCCGGAAAAUGUUAUCUUUAUCUCUGAUCUUUUUUGAAAGUUCAAAGAUAAGACACUUUUGAAUCUAGGUCACUUAUCAGAAAAAAUAGAAUACUGUAUGUUGCAGAAAAUUUUGUGAAAAGAAAAUUUCGCAGAAAAUUUUGUGAAAAAAAAUCCUCGAAAGUUGGUUUCAGAAAACAGUUUUAGAAGUAUUUAAUGAACAUUUAUUUUUUGGAUAAACUGCAAUUUCGUCCAACUUCGAAGUUCUAGAAAAAAUUUUUUAGAUCAUCAAUGCUUCAAACGUGUAACCCGUCGAUCAAUAGGAAACUAUGCCCCAAUAGCAGAAUAUCGUAAAACAGCUCUCUCAAUGUGCUCUCAACAUUGUAUUAUGGCUGCUGGAAAUGGACCACAGGGUGUAAGUUACAUAAGUUCACCUACAAAAGGUGUAAAUUAUAAUAAAUUUCAGACAUCAAUCUGUAAAGCGUUCACAUAUGAAGUUCAAAAACAAUUAUGCAAAUUGUAUGAUAAUGAUGGCCACAAAGUUCCAGCUGUAAUUCAUCCAAUUAUUGGAAUCGAUAUUUUCUAUAGAACUUCUGAUACCAAGGAUUGCGGAGGGCCAUUGGCGAGUGGAUCUUUGAAUCCGAAUUUUGUGAAAUUGAAUUCAAAUAAGGCAUCCCUGAAAAGUUCCAUUGCCAAAACAGAUUCUAUAAAUGUAGAUCAAUUUAUGCAAAAAACUCGAGCAUUAAGUGCUCCAAUGUAUGUUUCUGAAAUGUAAUUCAAAAUUAGUAAUUCAAAAACAUUUCAGUAUGCGAAUGGAAAAUAUGGAUGAAGUUCUGCGCUCAAAACUUCGUGGAGAAGACAAUCUUGUUCCAAUGGCUGCCACCUCUUCUGAAAAACGUGAAAAUCUCAAAGGUUUGGAUUUUUUCUAAUGUAAACAGUUUCAUAUGAAAAUUGCAGACAUUGUUGCUCCAUUGAAAUGUGAAACCUCUAGUGGCUACUACGUUGUUAUCGGAAACGAGAUUGUUAUGCCGAUAAGCGGCGGAGGAGAUGUGAAAGUGUAUAAUGAUGUUGAGCAAGGAGAUUGUGCCAAAUAUUGUGGGGAGAAUAAGGUGGGUGAAGAUUCUGGCAGAAACAAUUUACGAUUUUUUUUCUGGGAAAUGUUUCAGAUUCUGUUUUUGUCUGAAAAUUCUGUAUUUUCAGGGUCCUGACAGCGUUCACAUUGAUUGCAAAUCCUUAAACUACUUCCCAGCUGAUCGAAAAUGCGAGCUCUAUUCAAUCCUCGCUGAACCACAUGGAACUGGCCGACUUCUUGAGAACGAAAAAGUUAUCUAUGCUGAAAAAUUCUGUCUUCCAGGUUGUUUUUUUUUCAAUCUUCUUUUUUAUAAACCAUCUUCUUUACAGAUUCACUAUCAAAAUGUCAAAAAGAUGAAAUCUUCAUUCUCCACGUCCAAAAAACCUUGAGAGCCGAAUCAAAAAUUGCUGAAAAAUCAGCAAAAUCAAUCACUGAAUGUUUGAAGCAUUGUUUGAGUAACAAACAGUGUCAAGGUUCAGUUUUUGUGUCGGAUAAGAAGAGUUGCGAAUUGUUUGAUGAUGCUUCGCGGGUCGAUGAUGCUGGUGAAGAAACUGUAUUGAUUGAGAAUGGAUGUAUUGGAGGAUAUCAGAAAACCUCGUCUUCAAGAGAGACUUCUAGAAAUAAUAGAGAAGAAGAGAGAUCGGAUGAAGAAGGCUGGUCUGGUUGUGAUUAUAAAAUUGGUGGGAAGGAUGUUCGAGUUAGAACAAAUGAUGAUGGAGAAAUGGAAACUCAAGAGUGCUAG